AUGUCGACAUCGCCGCUGCCGCCAAGCCGCCAGGGCGAUAAGCGGCCCGCCGCCUUCUCCGCACGCACCGCAACUGAGCUGUACACCAUUUCUUACCUCAUCUUCUUCUCCCUGCUGGGCACUCUGGCCCGCCUUGGUCUUCAGGCCCUGACUACCUACCCGGGCCUCCCGGUCCUGUUUCCGUCGGCCUGGCCAAACCUCGGCGGCAGCUUCAUCAUUGGGUUUCUGGCCGGGGACAGCUCGCUUUUCCGCGCUCACCAUCGCCGCCACGCCUCUGAUCCGGAGGAGGGGCAGGAGCAGGAGCAGGAUCAUCAAAAAUACAAAAAGACCAUCCCUCUUUAUAUCGGCUUGGCAACCGGCUUUUGUGGCUCCUUCACUUCCUUUUCCUCCUUCAUCAGGGAUGCCGUCCUCGCGCUGACCAAUGACCUCGGCCCGGACCCGGCCCUUUCGGGAGCGACGCCGAGGAACGGUGGGUUCUCUUUCAUGGCAUUGCUUGCUGUAAUCAUUGUCACCGUCUCGCUGUCCUUGUGCGCCCUCGUCGCAGGCGCACACUUUGCCCUCGCACUGCAACCGCUGCUGCCGUCUCUCGCGGGCCAUGCGAGGCUGCGAAAGACCAUGGACUCGUUAGCCAUUGUCGUCAGCUGGGGCUGCUGGAUCGCGGCGUGCCUGAUCGCCGGCUUUGCUCCGUCCGAGGUCUGGCGCGGUCAAGUGCUAUUUGCGCUCGUCUUUGCUCCGGUCGGCUGCCUCGCGCGCUUCUACCUAUCGCUCGCCCUGAACGGCAAGCUGACGCCGUCGUUCCCGGUCGGCACCUUCACCGCCAACAUCCUCGGGACGCUGGUGCUUGCCGCCUGCUGGGACGUUGCGCACUCGGGCGCCGGUGGCAUAAUUGGCUGUCAGGUUCUCCAGGGUAUCGAGGAUGGGUUUUGCGGGUGUCUGACCACGGUUUCCACGUGGGUGGCGGAGCUCGUCGGCCUGGCUGCGAAGCGUCGUCGGGAUGCAUACGUCUAUGGAGUGGCAAGCGUGGUGGCGGCUUUGGCUGUGGCGAUGGCCAUAAUGGGAGGGUUUAGGUGGUCUCAUGGCAAUCUCCCACAGUUGUUGUGUCUUGUACGCUGA